AUGCUGUAGUGGGAGACACUAGUUGACCAUGGCUUCAGUCCCUCAUCGUUUGCGGUGUCAGUUGAUACCCAGACUUCCAGCAUAGCGACAAGAUUUGCGGUUCAUCAACGUUAUACGUGGAUACGAAAUUUUCUGUUUGCUUUUAAUCGUUUAAUAAAGAUUCGAUAUUAAGGAUGUAUUCCUUUGUUGCUAUGAUUGCUAUCUUCUAUGUAUCAACGUUUAGUACCGUCGAUGCACAAUUUCCAAGACAAUCUGAUUGCAAUACGCCAAAUGAAAUUGCUGGAAAUUGUAUUACAAUCCGUCAAUGUAUACCAUUAUUGACUAUGCUUCAAGAGAAGCCUCUCCGACCGGAAACUGUGGAUUAUCUAAUACGAUCUCAAUGUGGCUUCGAAGGCAAAGAUCCUCGUGUAUGUUGUCCUCUGUCUACUGUCGAAUCAAAUCGAAUCAGUCAACCUUCUUAUCCGGGGACUGUACCACCUACAGAAGAAAAACAUAGUGCAUUAGAAAAAACAGACGAUCCCAUCAGCAAUUUACUUGAUAAUCCUUUAUUACCAAGCGAAUGCGGAAAAAGUUUGAUACCUCGAAUCAUCGGAGGACAACGUACUGCUCUUGAUGAGUUUCCAUGGAUGGCUCUGUUAGAAUAUCAACAUCCAAGAGGACGAACUACUGCCUGCGGAGGAGUUUUGAUUAACGAACGUUAUGUACUUACUGCUGCUCAUUGCAUAAAGGGUAAGGAUUUACCACCAACGUGGACGUUAACAAGCGUACGAUUAGGCGAAUACGAUACCUCCUCCGAUAAAGAUUGCAUUCAAGAGGAAGACGAAGUUAUAUGCUCCGAUGAUCCGAUCACAGUAGGCAUCGAAGAACAAAUUGCUCAUGAACAAUACAGACCAUUGUCGAAAGAUCAGAAAUAUGAUAUCGCAUUAUUGAGAUUGUCAAGGAACAUCGUCUCAACAAAUUAUAUAAAGCCAAUUUGUUUGCCACGAACUCCUUCAUUUGGUCAAAAAAUGUACGUAGCAGGAUGGGGUAAAACGGAAUACAAUUCGUCCUCGGACUUCAAACUAAAACUAGCAUUACCUUUGACCGAUAAAAAUGAUUGCGAUAGAACUUAUAAUCAAGUUGGUAUCAGGCUCGGUUUCGGACAAAUUUGUGCCGGUGGUCAGAAAGGUAAAGAUUCAUGCAGAGGAGAUUCAGGUGGACCACUCAUGUCUGUUGAAAAUUCAUCUAACGGUAAUGGAAUAUGGGCAGCCGUAGGAGUUGUAUCCUUUGGUCCUACACCCUGUGGUAUGCCUGGUUGGCCUGGUGUUUAUACUAAAGUUUACGAUUUUGUUCCAUGGAUAACUAGUAAGAUAAGAUCCUUACAUGCUUUAUACAUCACAGCAUUAGUGCCAUUUUUCACGUACACGAAUGCACAGGAAAGAUGCGUGACGCCUACGAAAAGCAGUGGUAUUUGUAUGAACAUAAAUAAUUGCACACAUAUUGUUAACAUUUUAAUAAAUCAAAAGCCUUUAACACAAGAAAUUAUUGAAUUUCUAAGAGCAUCGCAAUGCGGUUUCGAGGAUAGGAUUCCAAAAAUUUGCUGUUCUGAUCAAAUAACAACAUCUGUUACUUCUACAGAUUUAUAUGACGAUGAAUUUAUUGAUCCUCCAGAUGUAUCAAACCAUCCAAACUUACGAAUCUUAAACCACGAUAUAUGUGGUCCUCUGACUAAAAGUAGAAUCAUUGGUGGUAACAAAACUAGUGUCUUUGAUUAUCCGUGGAUGGCUCUUCUCGCUUACUCCACAGGGAGACAAAAUCGGGAUUUUCGAUGUGGUGGUUCCUUGAUUACUAAACGAUAUAUCCUUACAGCUGCCCAUUGUGUUAGCUCUUUACCUAGCGAAUUAACGCUGGUAGGAGUGAGAAUAGGAGAGCAUGAUCUUAGAACGGAACGUGACUGUGAUAAAGAUGAAAAUGGGACGGAAGUAGCUUGUGCGGAGAAAUAUCAAGAUUAUAAUAUUGAAAGUACACACGUUCAUCCGGGAUACACGAGAACAAAACUUCAAAAUGAUAUCGCCCUGAUACGAUUGAACGGCGAUGUUGAUUUCAGACCUAGAAAUGUUAAACCAAUCUGUUUACCAAUCAGUAAUACUGGAACACUUCCGAGAAAGUUGAUCGUCACAGGCUGGGGUGCGACUGAACUUGGAACGCGAAGUAACGACCUGUUGCAGCUUGGUUUGACACCGAUAGCCACUGAAGAAUGCAAAGAGAUUUAUAAGACUAAAGCUGAAAUUUGGUACAAACAGUUAUGCGCUGGUGGAAAAAAAAAUAUGGAUUCUUGUUUUGGAGACAGCGGUGGGCCUCUUCAAGCGCCUGGAUUAUACAAUAAUAACGCUCGAUUCAUUCAAUAUGGGGUUGUCAGUUUCGGAUUGAAAAACUGUGGUACAGAAGGUUUCCCAGGCGUUUAUACUAAUGUUAGAUAUUAUAUAGAUUGGAUUUUAAAUACUAUAAAGAAUUAAUUUAAUCAAUUACGUAUUAUUUUGUACUUUUUUAUUAAAGUUCUUUUUGUAAUAGUAA